AGGAAGUGAAAAAUGACCCGACUGCAGCUUUUCUUUCAUAAAACAGAACCACAUGUAAAUGUUUUUACAUCUAAAAUAGAAUUUAAUAAUUUAAAAAGCAAAACGAGGUAUUUUAGUGUCUCUAAAUGAACAAGCUCGUUAUAGUCUGCUGACGAAUACACGUGAACAUAUGGGAAAUUCCUGCAUAUUUCCUGGUCUUUAACAGAAGAAACCUUUUCUUGAAACCACGACGGAAAAUAAUCCAAGUUCUCUGCGUGGUGUUAGAAUAACAGCCCCUGGUACAGUAGGCGACCUUUGGGGAUUUUUACCACUUUGGAGUUUCCUUAUCAGCUUAAAGACUCAAGUGUUUUUUCCAGGGUGAAUGAAAUAAAACAGCUGGCAGAACGUUAACACUUCAGUGAAUUCUGUCGUCUCAGUGAGAGAAUGAUUGAGUUCUGGGGGAUCCUUCUGACUCUCAGCUUGUUCCUACAGCACGGAGGCUGUACGAACACAAAGCAGCUAGAGAUCAGUGCAGGUCACGUGUUUAUCCUUAACUGUUACUUGUUUCAUGAAGAUGAAGAGGUAAGUGUGAACUGGACUCGAGACAUGGAACAGGAUUGGGAUGCAGGGAUAAAGGUCAUAGAUCAAGCACUGUGGUUCCUCCCUGCACAAGAGUCACACAGCGGGAACUACUCAUGUUAUUACAGUAACAUAGAUGGACCUUCAGAGAUCCAUUUUUCCAUUUCUGUAGCCAAGCACGAAUGUCCCCCAGUGACCAAGUCUGUGUAUCUGAAAAAGAGCAGAAAUGAACAUCUUGAUUGUGACAGUGAAGUCAGGGAGAAAAUUUCCAAUUCAUCUUCCAUCGUGAGCUGGACCUGGAUGAAGGAUUGCAGACCUCUCCAAAAUGCAAAAUCUCACAAGAUUAAGUUCCACCCCUUUUUGGAGGAACAUGAAGGAGUGUAUACCUGCAUAAUGAACUUCACCUUUAAUGGAACUUCAUAUACUGUUGCUAAGAGCAUACAAACCAUGCUCUAUGAACCAGGUCCUGUUCCACAGAAGCCCAGAGUCAUAAAACCACGACAGGAAACUCUUGCUGUAAAACUGGGUUCAAAGCAGGUGUUAAAUUGCAAAGUGUUUGUUGGUCUCGGAUCCUGUCAGAAAGAUCGUGUAGAAAUCAUCAGUCCGUACUGGCUGCUGAAUGGCAGCUUUGUUGAAAACAAUCCAUACCUAAGUUCUGUUGAACACUGUACAACAGAAAACAAUGUGGAGUAUCGCCACAGCAAUCUGUCCAUUUCUAAAGUUCAGAAAGAAUUCUUCAACAUCCCUUUUCAGUGCAUAUUCCAUGGCUCUUAUGGUUAUGACAGUGGCACGAUUAUACUUAUUCCGGCCAGUGAGAGUGAGCUCUAUGUCCCAUUGGCAGUAUUCACAGCUUUUGCACUAGUAGCACUGGGAGUCCUGGUGUUUUAUCAGUUUAAAGUGGACCUGGUGCUCGCUUACAGGAGCCUCAGCCCUUGUUUGAAAGAACAGAAUGAUGGGAAACUGUAUGAUGCCUACGUCAGUUACCUGUACGCUGAUGAUCACAGAGUUUCUUUUGCAACAACCUUUGCCCUACAUGUCCUUCCAGAGGUUCUGGAGGAUCGCUUUGGCUAUAAAUUGUUCAUUAGUGAUCGCGAUACAGACCCAGGCACAGCGAUCCCUGAUGCCAUAUCUGAAACAGUCGGGAAGAGUCGCCGGCUAAUCAUUGUUCUUACACCCGAGGCUUUCACAAAAACCUCAGAGAAUAAAGUAGGACUUUUACAGAAAAUGCCACCUGAGCACCUCAGUCUAAACAACAACAUAACAACAUCUCAGCUAAACUGGGGUCCUUACGAGUGCUGGGUGGGUCUGUAUGAUGCCUUGGUAAAAGAGUGUCUGCAGGUCAUCCUGGUGCAGGUGGGAGGGGAUGUGGAUGAGGCUCUGCUCCCUGAAUCCCUGCGCUAUGUUAAGCAGACUCAGGGCAUACUCAAGUGGAAGCAGCACUACACUAUUAAUCCUAAUGAAAGAUUCUGGAAGCAGCUGCGUUAUCGAAUGCCACCAGUGCCAAAAGCCAGACGUGGUUUUAUGGUUUAAAGCUGUUGUAUUCAGUUUUUGUUUUGACUUUUUUUAGUCUGCUAUGACAGAAACCAAACAGGAAGUCGUCUCAGACCAAGGAUUAUUCACCCUCUUCCACAUAAUGAACAGUUUGUCAGAUCGUCCCACUCAGAGAGGACAUGGAUGGCUGUGAUAUCACCAGGAUUCAAACCUGUUACCUCUUGCACUAUUCUGUUGUUAUUCUACAUUUGCAGGUAUGCAUCAACAAAGCGACCGGAUGUCGCUCUGACAUUUAUACACAGACACCAAAUUUCCCUCCAGAAUGUUUUAUUGUAGCUGGGAGUAUAAACGGUAUUAUUAAGGCAACCAGCAGUAGGAUAGGAACGCCUACUGUUAACUUCAAAGUACCGCGACUGGAGACUGGCAGAGAAAAAAUCCCUGUAUGUGUGAAUAUAGUUUAACUUGAAAACCCUACGAAGAAGAAAUAGGAAGUGAUAAAGGCAUGUUUACUGGUACCACUUCCAAUAUUCCAGCAGUUUCAGUGAACAAAAUCAUCAUCAUCAUCAUCAUCAUCAAUGUACACUAUUUAUGACACAUGGAAUUUAACAUGGAAGAUGCUGGUCUGUGUCUGUGGUAUUCAGCUUCUGUGUUUCAUUCAGAACUAGUUGAAUAGGUUUUGGUUCUGGUUCAGGAUUUUUUAUUCAAAAUUACCAGGUGAAGCCAGUAUGUAAAUAAGUACUUUGAAAGCAGGACAAAGAGACUUAAAUUAUAUUCCUGACUCUGUCCACAUGAAGGCACCAGAGAGCAAGUACACCUCAACUUCUCACAUCGGAUUGUUUAUUAAUAUUUUUCAGAUGUAGAUGCACAUCUGUUUUUUUUUGUUUGUAUAUAAGAAUUUAAUAUUAAAUGUUUGAUUUAUUUACAGAAAUUUAUUCUAAGUUUUUAAAUCUAAUAUUUUCUCUUAACUUUUUCUAAAUGAAUUUCUAUAUUUCUGCCUUUAUUUAAGAUUCAAGAGCAUAAACAGCUGGUAUCCUAACCAGCACCAACCCACAACUAGUUACCUAGAAUUAACUAGGAGGAGGGUGAGUUUUUUUUUUUUUACUCAUAACUCUGCAGCUGUCUCUGGAAAUAGAGAAGGAAAUUCCUGUAGACACCUGGGUACAAGAAGAAUCUUAUUUUUAUUUAAUACAAUAAUACAAUCAAUUCGAAAAUUAUCAGUCCUAUGUUAUAAUUGUGUACAUAAAAAAUCCUUAUGUACAAUUUAUAAUAGGUUACAAUCAUGUAAGUUCUAAGUGGAUAGAUAGAUAGAUAGAUAGAUAGAUAGAUAGAUAGAUAGAUAGAUAGAUCGAUCCUGUUUUGUGACUUCAGGUAGAUUUCAGAUAGAAAUGUCUGUGCUAUGCUUAACAUGCGUAAAUAGAGUUAAAUGUCAACAUCACGAGAGCUGGAGACUGAAGGAACAGGCAUCAUGUAGCGCACCUGCUUCCAGAAACAAGAGGAGGGGCAAGUUGCUCGGCUAUUCCGCUCGUCCCACCUUAGGGGCGGAGUCUUCUGGAGGAGAUGCUGCAGCCCCAGGGGCAGAUGGGAAUACUCCUUCAUGUCGUCCAAUUGAAUUAGAAUCACUCUGAGCUCCUGCUCAACCAGCACCCGGUGCAGUCCCACAUGCCAGUCAUAACACAGGGAGGCUGUGGCACCUUGAUGGUGACUACUUCCUGGCAACACAGCUAUGAGUCUGCGGCUCAGCUGCAUUCUCGGCUCAAUAAACGCUGUGCAAUCUGGUGGUGGUAGAUACAUUUCUGGGUUAGUUUGUUUAUUUAGACCUGUAGUUGCAUUAUUUGACUAUCCCCCCCACAGGCAUCCAGUGUGAAAAGCCACAAAAGGCCAACAAACUAAAACUUUUUUUUUUUUUUUAAAAAAAGCUUGGCAAAAAAUCUGGACCAAUGACUUUAUAUACCAUGAUUCACUUCAUUUUAACUCCUCCCAUUUCCACAGCAGUGAAUUGAGACCUAGUAACGUUUAAGUAAAUAAACAUUUUCAGGCACAGAGAUCUGUUGUUUUUGACCUUUGUAUCACACUUAAUUCCUUAUGUUAGAUGUGUAUCACAGGAGCUAUUAGAGAACUAUUAAAAGUGAAUGUUGGGCUUACGUUAAGUUAAAUGUCAGAUAAUGUUAGUGUAACCCAUCAUCCCACAAGGGGAUGAGGAGAAUCUUAAAAGUAAGAGUAACCACUACAGUGCGUUACUUUGAAAAUAUGACAAGGUUUAUUUUACAGCAUUUACAAGUAGCAUCACAAAGAAUCAAAAAUGGCAAAAAGAUUAUACAAAAACAAAAAAGAAAGAAAAAAAGAACUCUCUUGUAACCAUUACAGACAACAGGGUUCCUAAUCCUAUCUAAUGGUAGUUGCUGCUCUUCAAAUCAUAACCUCAAACCACAACAAGUUGUUUCCCCCCCACAUUAACAGAGUACACCACAUAUAUAAGGUAAAGGAAACCCCACGGUCAUUAGUUGGUCCAAGAUACAUGAAACAAACAAGAAAACAAAUGACCAAACAAAACACCCUCUCCAGAAUAAAUCACUUUGCCACUUCAAAAUACCAGACCCAAUGCAACAUUUAAAGUCCUUUGUCAAGCAACCAUUAAGCCAUCAAUGCUUUCAAUAAAAGUAAACGGCAAUCAUGCAUCAUCUGUACUCUUAAAUCUAUCUGUUUAAUUCUCAAAGGCACCACUCAACUCCCAUGAGGACACUUUACAAUUCAGUUCUAGGCUGCUAUACUGUUCAUGUACUGUACUGUUCAAAAAUAACAAACAGCUUUUCUUAGCACAUGGUACACAAAGAGGAAGUUACCGAGAUUGACUUCCUUUUAUACUCUCUUGACUCCUGGGAUUUGUAGUCCACCCAAUUUGUAGUCCUACAACUUCUACCCCAAUACAUUAGCUAGCUACAAGCAGAUGCUCAGUCACUCAUGACCAGUGUAUAAAAAGGUGGAUGUCAAGACAGAGACAAAAGUGAAUCCAAUGUCUCAGGUUUCUUUUUUUCUGUCUUGAGGGCAAUUUGUUACCCUACACAUUACCAUGUUAGUGAAUAAAGACUGAACAAAUCCUU